GUCCCAGCUUUUGGCUUGGGGAUGAGUUUAUUCACCUUUGGUUUGGAGCUGUGGGUGUGGACAGCUCAGGGACUUUACAAAUUCCUCUCUUCUGUGCUUAGCUCCAGCGGUCCUCGGCUAUAGCACAGGAGAAUGAAUGAGUGUGUGUGAGUAAUAACAGCAUUUGCAACCAAAGAGUCAGUGCUGAGUUUCUCACAACCGACCCCAGGGACUGAACAGCUCAAAGGGGCAGCAUCUUCAGAAAGCUGAUUCAAAAUAACACUAUCUUCCCCAUUGAUUCCUCCAAGCACAAAGGGCAGACUUUCUGGUUCUGUUUGAAGAACCUUUGAAAGAAGACUGGAAGAGUUCCUGCGCCAUCAUGAACAUUUUCUGGACAAUCCUCUGUUUCGUGGUGUAUGCAGUGAACACAGACCUGAGUGGACAUUCUGCCCAGGCCAUGUCUAGCCCACACGCUCAAGAUUUACCAGAGAUCAGCGGUAAGCCUGAAACAGAAGAGAUGCCUUCAGCGAUGCUGCAGGAGCUGCUGUGGUUUUUUCGGAGAGAAGAAUCAACUACAUGGAAUUACUGCAUUCUCGGCCUUUCAGUGCUGGUUCUGCUUGUAGGCAUAGUCCUUUUGUGGAAAAACAUUGCAGCAAACAGAGCCCAGAAGGUCGCCCUCCUGCACCAAGAAGGGUAUGUAGCUGGCCAGCCUGAUGAGACGGAAAUGAAGCAAGCUUUUGUGCCUUUGAAGGAUGGCAACAACUCUGGUUCCCCCACAGAGAACUUUCUUCCAAAAGUAGAGAAUGCAGGGCAGGUGACAAUCCAUUGGAAGGAUGGGAACGUCACAACCAUGUUUGCAGAUGCGCCUGAAGAGGAUGCAUAGGGUUCCACAGGAUUCUCAUUAGUUUUUUGGUUUCUAAGCCAAGCAAAAUUCAUCAACUGGACCCAAAGUAGCUGCAAAGGGGGGGAGGUAUUAAUGUUACAUGUGGUGCAAGGUACCAAACUGACCAUUUCUAUUCAUACAGUGGGUGUAAUUAUAAUUUAAAAGUGCUCCUUUAGAUUUUCUUUACAGGGGGUUAGAGAUGAAAAGAGAAAGUAACUCAAAAGUUCC